AUGUAUCUAGAAACAGGAAUUUGUAAUUUUUUUUUUUCUUUUUCUAUUCUGCUUACAGUGGUUGAUGAGAAAUGUAAAGCUGUGUCUGCCGAGUAUGUUGAGAAAUUAGCUGAGGUUGAGAAAAGGUUAAACGAAGUGAGAAGGGAACACACUAAAGCAGUUGUAUCACUGAGACAAAUGGAACGUCAACUGGUCAGGGAGAAGGAACGACAUGCAGAGAAACUGAAAACAGAAGAAGAAAUAUUCCAAAAGCAGUUGGAUAAAGUACAAAACCAACUGAGAGAAGUGGAAACAGAGAGAAAUAUUGUAAUGACUACCCUGCGACAGGAAGGUCUGCUAGGAAAAUAUAAAAGUAGUCGCCCUGAUGCUUUGUCUGCUGAUGAAGUAUCUACAUCGACACAAGAAGAAAAUGAGCUUGAUACUGUUCCAACAAAACAACGUACAUCUAAAGUUACCGUGGAGUCUGUUGUCGGUGAUCUGCAGGCCCUGACAGCAGCAAUUCUUGAUGAUAAUGCAUCCUCCCAGUAAAAACGCUGCAGGUAAUAUGAUAAUUACAGUGAUAUAAAUGAAAGAAUGGAUAUUGAUGCUACACUGAGACAUGCAGAUAUUCUAAUGUGAAAUAUUACACUUGACUCCCUCCCCCCUUUCCCCGAGUACAGUAGC